UUAAACUACUGCUGUGAUCAUUCAUCCUCUCAAGAUCUGGCCAGAUUUCACUGCUGGCAGAGGUUGUUUUCAGCAGCUCAUCCAUGUAGCAACAAAUAUGUUUUCCAGUUUGGGCUGUCCUAGCAACUGAACGGUAAUUGGCGAUGCCCUGAGGUGGUAACCCAAAUAUUUAAUACCACAUGUGGUUAAAGUUUAAUCCACUGUCAUGAUGAUGAUGAUGUGGCAGUAGAAGCUGCGCCUCAGGGUCCACUCCCCACCUGGGGAACAAGGUGGCAGCAGCUCUCGUGUGGUGUGGUCUCUCACGGAGUAUGGGAUGAGUGAAGCCGACCUGGCUGAGGGCUGAAAGGAGGAUUUUCCACCAUGAAUGGAUUUCCAAACUGCUCUGCUAACUACACAGACAUCUGGAGUCAUUCUUUGGUGCUUGCCCUGGCCAUCCCCCAGCUGACCAUCAACGUGGCGUCCGUGCUCUUCAACUGCACCGUCAUCCUCACCCGCCUGGCCACCAAGGACCUGCACAAGCCCAUCUCCAUCCUCUUCUGCAAUUUGGCUGUUUCUGAUCUCUUCACCAGCUUCUCUGGCUUUUGGAUUUCCACGCUGUUCAUCACCAACCCCGACAUCACCAUCUUUGGGUCCGAGGACAUGCUCGCCCCUUACGCCUUGUACACGACGUCCAUUUUAUCCACCAUCUACAACCUGGUGAGCAUCGGGGUCGAGCGCUACCUGGCUGUGGCCAAGAGCAUGAGGACGAGAUUCAGGGUUGCCAGAAACCAUUCCAUAGCCGUGGUUUUCACCAACUGGGUCCUUGCUUUCUUUCUGGGCUGCUUGCCACUGAUGGGCUGGAACUGCCUGCACAGGGAAAAGAGCGUCUCGGUCCUCUACAGCCCCUUCUGCGUCAACUACCUCUUCUUCAUCGCCGUCCCCAACUUCGUGGUGGCCUUUAUCAUACCUCUGUUCACCUACCUCAGAAUCAUCAUCAUCCUGAGGAGGAGGAAGCUGAGGAUGAAGGCGUGCGGGCAAGCCACCGGCACCUACAAAUCGGCUGAGACCCAGGUGGCCAGGACCAGCAUCUUCAUCUGGCUGCUGGCGCUGAUCUCCUACGCCCCGUUCUUCGCCGGGGUCAUUUUUGAUGCCACCAACCACCGGUGCCACAUCGACCUCUACCCGGGCGUCUACAUCUUCAGGAACUGCACGGCCAUGCUGAUCACCAUCAACUGCCUGGGCAACCCCCUCAUCUACACCCUCAAGCUCAAAACCCUGGGGGCCAAGCUCAAGACUCUGAAGUGCCUCUCCACCAACAGCGUCCGAGCCUGUGCCAUCGAGCACAUCUAGGUGGGGCUGCCCCUGCUGCAGCACUGCCUGACCUGCCCAGCGGAGCCAGGGAGAGCUCUGCAAUCGCUCCAGAUCCAGGGGGAUUCAAAAAACACGUGGAUGUGGCACUGGGGGGCACAGUUUAGUGGUGGGAUGAUGGUUGGGCUUGAUCUUAGAGGUUGUUUCCAACCGUGUUUCCUGUGAUUCCAUUCCUGAAGCCCAGGUGCUUCAGCACCCAGCGAGGGGGAGGUGUUGGGGUGCAGAAACCAGUGUGGGCAGCCCUGAAAGGGGGGCUGGACUCUGUGUCUCCCAAAGCCCUCAGCAGCGAGGAGCUGUGCUGCCUGGCUCUCCUUGGGGAAGUGGCUGUGUGUGCCCCUGGUCUGUGUUGCCUCCAGCUGGGAGCAGGGGAGCUGUUUUCCUUGGAGAUAAAAAUAACUCCAUUAGCCCUGUUUACUUUGUGCUGCUGCUGCUCUCGCUUCGCUGCCCAGACUCCCAUUCCUGUUGUGUGGUUUGUAUGGCUUUGAAGGCAGUUAAAUGGCUGGAAAAUUCUCAGCAGUCUGGGGGAAAUUGUCAUUUUACUUUCUCAUUUACACUCAGUCAAAUUGUCUCUUUGACUGUUGGAUGAAUCUUUAUUAACAGGGCACUCAGCCCUGUUUUCCUGGGGUAAUUUUAAUUGCAGUGUGUAGCUGGAUUACAUGUUUUUUGUGAGACAUUUGUGGCUACAUCUUUCAUAUUUCUGCUUAUAGAGGCACACUCGAGUCCAUGGCUUGUGAAAUUUGUGCUGUUCCAGGUGACAACCUUGGCUGGAUCCUUCAGGAUCAGAACUGAAGUUGAGUUGCCUGUGCAAAACAAAAUAAAAAUGUCAAGACCA